CUUCCUGUUGCUGCAUUUAAAAAUGGCGCAGCGUUGGUCACCCAAUUCCACAAUAUAAACUUGUUUGAUGGAAACGUUUCGGUGUGAUUUUAUCGCUGCCUUUUAAGUGGUUCCUCUGAUUUCAUCCGCCACCAGGUUAUAGCGACAGUGAUAUGUGCGAAGGACCUUGUUGAAGUCUCCUCAAUGAGUAACAGAAGGAAACGGGCUCCGCCUGUCAGGGUGAACGAUGAAACCAAAAAGAAGCUCGACUGGAACAUGCACGAGGACAGAAGGAGUGAAGCCAUCAUCCUGGAUGACGACCACAUCCUGUCCUCAGAGUCUUCGUUGGUGUCUUCCUUGGCCGUGGGAAAAGAUGACCUCGAGGCCAGCUGCUCCAACUCCUUAGUGCUUGCUGAGCCCGGGCAAGAGCCCUCGUGUUCAUCCUCGGAGAAGCCCCCGCCUUUCAGGCUGGCGUUGGUGCCCGUCUCCGACGGGGACCAGGCUUGGAGGGCGUUACUCGGCGAGUUCUACCUCAGCACCAGCAGCUUUCCCGUGGAUCUAGAGGACAAUCGCUUUGUCCUACAGCGGAGUGGUGAUCGGCUUAGUAUGUUCCCUCUGGAAGAUGCUGGAGCCAGAGAUGAGGGAGAGUCUGACCAGGCCACCGUAUCUGACUUUCCAGUAGAGUGCUCUCUUGCUGUCCCAGUGUUGGAAGACCUGGAGUGGCUGCAGAGAAGGAGGAUCAUCCAGCUUUGUCAUAAACAGGACAGGGUGUCCAUCAAGGUUGGAAUUUACCUGUUGGAGGCCGGUUUGGGACGACCGGAGUUCCUGAGCGAGGGGAACAGCAGGAUACGAAAAGUGAACCAGCUGAUGCAGAAGCUGAUGGAGUUCUUUUACGACUUCAUCAUCCCCGAGGUCGUGGAGGGCGAGGAGGGGAAGUGCGACAUGGAGCUGGAGCGGCAGAACGUGGGGGAGCUGUACGAUUACGUCAGGCACCUGCACCAGGUGGAGGGCCUGGAUCUGAUGGUGCAGGUCCAGCAUGAAGCCCUCAUCCCUGUCCUCAGACCCUAUCAGUGUCAGGCCGUCAACUGGAUGCUGAAGAAAGAAAGAUACGGAAAAGAUGCAGCGACGCAAGAGAGAACUAUGCAUUUUCUUUGGAGGGAAGUGGUCGCUGUUUGUGAAAAAAAACUGUUCUAUAAUCCCUACACAGGCUGCCUUAUUCGGGAGUUUCCACUGGCUGGGGUGGACUGGCCCGGAGGCAUCCUGGCUGACGAGAUGGGGCUGGGGAAGACUGUAGAGGUUCUGGCUCUCAUCUUGGUCAAUACCCGGAAAGGCCUCCAGGGCGGCGCUCUCACUCUGCCUGCAGGGAAGUCAGUGAACUAUUUUGUCCCCCCACCACCUACAAAGAGGGAGGGGACUGACCAUUACAAGCAAAAGAUGCGACCCAAAGAAAAAGUAUCGUAUCCAGCCGUACGCGUGAUGCUCCUGACCGCCAUAAAAGAGAUGAGGGUGGGAAAAGGAGCCUCUAUGAACGCCAUCUUCACGUACAUCCGCGCCACGUACGGCUACGACCUGCUGAAGAACCGCGGCCACAUCCGGAAGGCGCUGGACAAGCUCAUCAAGGAGGAGAUGGUGGAGCAGGUCAAAGGUCGAGGGCUGGCUGGCUCCUUCCGGCUGGGGAAGAAGUAUAAAGAAAGCAGGAGGAAGGGCAGCACUGGGAAAUCUCAAAAGGCAGGCCACCAGGAGAGUAAGCAAAGGAGAACAUCUUCCAGGUUUGCCAGACAGGUGAAGGACACCAACAUAGAGCACCCCCUGGUGGAGGAGUGUCUACACAGCAGCAUCUCUGCGGGGCCCCUUUCUCCCGAGUGCCAACAUGAACUGGACGAUUCGUCGGAGGGGAGGAACUGUAGCACCCAAGAUUCACAAAUCACAGCCCCGGCAGAUGGGCCUGUAGGGGGCGCCGGAGAGACAGACAUGGAUCCCCUCAGGGGAAGCAACCAAGAGGUGGUGGUGGGUGCAGACGUGACGGAUGUACCUGCCCGGGCCUCGGCGGUUCUACCAUUCAACACUCCUGACUACCGGUUUGAGUGUAUCUGCGGGGAACUGGGCCUGAUCGACUAUAAGGCUCGGGUCCAAUGCCUUAACUGCCUCCUGUGGCAGCACGCUGAGUGCGUCAACUACAAGGAGGAAAGUCUGGGGAAGACGCCCUUCUACUGCCCACACUGCCUGGUGGCCAUGAAGCCAGUGCCCACGCGGGCCACCCUCAUCAUCUCUCCCAGCUCCAUCUGCCACCAGUGGGUGGACGAGAUCAACCGCCACAUCCGGUGCUCCUCGCUCCAGGUUCUGGUUUACAGCGGCGUGAAGAAGCACGGCUUCGUGCAGCCUCACUUACUGGCCGAGCAGGACGUGGUCAUCACCACGUACGACGUGCUGCGCUCCGAGCUCAAUUACGUGGACAUCCCACACAGCAACAGCGAGGAUGGCCGCCGCUUCCGCAACCAGAAGCGCUACAUGGCCAUACCGAGCCCCCUGGUGGCCGUCGAAUGGUGGCGCAUCUGCCUGGAUGAAGCCCAGAUGGUGGAGUGCACCACCGCUAAUGCCGCAGAGAUGGCAUUGCGCCUUUCUUCAGUCAACCGCUGGUGUGUCAGUGGGACUCCCGUGCAAAGAGGCCUAGAAGAUCUAUACGGCCUUGUGUUGUUCCUUGGGGUUGACCCCUACUGGGUGAAGUACUGGUGGGACCAACUCCUCUACCGCCCCUAUCGCCGGGGAAACACAGAACCCCUCUAUAACGUCAUUGGCCAGAUCCUGUGGAGGUCGGCCAAGAAGGACGUCAUUGACCAGAUUCAGAUUCCACCUCAGACCGAGGAGAUCCACUGGCUCAAUUUCUCGCCGGUCGAGGGCCAUUUCUACCACCGACAGCACGAGGUCUGUUCCCAGGAUGCGCUCCACAAACUCAGGAAGAUCUCAGACUGGUCGCUGCGGCUGGGAAGCCUGGACCGACGGACGGUCAACAGCAUCCUGUACCCGCUGCUCAGGCUGAGGCAGGCGUGCUGCCACCCGCAGGCCGUCCGUGGCGAGUUCCUGCCCUUCCAGAAGAGCACCAUGACGAUGGAGGAGCUUCUCAAGACCUUGCAGAAGAAAUGCCGGGUGGAGUGUGAGGAGGCACACCGGCAGCUGGUGUGUGCGCUCAACGGCCUGGCUGGCAUCCACAUCAUCCGAGGUGAAUUUGUCGAGGCCGUGGAGAUGUACAGGGAGGUGCUGCGCUCCUCAGAGGAGCACAAAGACAGGCUCAAAACGGACUCCCUCCAGAGGUUACAUGCCACGCACAAUCUGAUGGAGCUGCUUUGUGCAAAGCAUCCUGGGAUACCCCCGACUCUGAGAGACGACCGACUGAAGGAGGAGGCAGAGCAGCUGAGGCAGCACUACAUGACCAAGUCCAACCAGGAGGUUUCCGACGCCCAACAGGCCCUGCAGCCCGUCCUGCAGAACAUCAGCGAGCUGAAGGGCAAGGUAGAUCUGAAGUCCCCCUGGUGGCUGGACGUGGUACAGCAGGCCAUCCGCUACAACAUCGACGAUGACCUGGUGCUGCGCAUCCAGAAUGAGCUGACCUGCAGUUACAAGCAGGAGCCCAGCAAGCUGUCCUUAGCGGACAAGUUCCGGGACGGUCGCGGCCUGCAGUUCCUGCUCACCACUCAGAUGGACGACCUGAUCAAGUCCCAGAAGACGGUGCAGGACGCCGUGAAGAAACUGGAGGGCCCGCCGUCUAAGGAGGUCAUCGAGGAGGCCACCAUCUGUCACCUGAGACCAGUGCGGCUGCCACUUAACAACUGUGUGUUUUGCAAAGCGGACGAACUAUUCACGGACUACGAGUCCAAGCUGUUUUCUCACACUGUGAAGGGCCAGACAGCCAUCUUCGAGGAGAUGAUCGAGGAUGAGGAGGGCCUCGUGGACGACCGGCUGCCCACUACCAGCCGCGGCCUGUGGGCGGCCAGCGAGACAGAGCGCUCCCUGAAAGCCAUCCUGUCCUUCGCCAAGGCCCGUCGCAUGGAUCCCACGCUGCUGGAGGAGGGCACCACCUUCAUGGAGCUCUUCGAGGCGUGGAAGAAGGAGUACAAGCUACUGCACGAGUACUGGAUGGUGCUUCGGGACCACGUGUCGGCCAUUGACGAGCUGGGCAUGGCCACGGAGCGGCUGCGGGUUCGACACCCGGACGAGCCCAAGGCCAAGGUGCUGCACAUCAUCGAGCCGCACGAGGUGGAGCAGAACCGAGUGAAACUCUUAAAUGACCGGGCAGUGGCCAAAUCCCAGCUGCAGAAGAAACUCGGCCAGUUCCUGUACCUCACAAAUCUCGAGAAGUCCCAGGACAAAUCCACGGGGGGCUUGAACCCAGAACCGUGCCCCAUCUGUGCCCGGCCGCUUGGACGAGAGUGGGCCGUGCUGACCUGCGGCCACUGCUUCUGUAACGAGUGCAUCGCCAUCAUCCUGGAGCAAUACAGCGUGGGCACGCGGCGGCGGGCCAUCAAGUGCGCCAUCUGCAGGCAGACCACGUCCCACACGGAGAUCUCCUACGUUUUCACCACCCAGGCGGCCAGCCAAGGACACGACAUCCCUGUCAGAGGAAGUCACUCUACCAAGGUAGAAGCAGUAGUGAGGACCUUAAAGAAGAUCCAGAUGGCCGAUCCGGCUGCCAAAGCGCUCGUGUUUUCCACGUGGCAGGGUGUCCUGGAUAUCAUCGCACAAGCCCUCUUCGACAAUAACAUGGAGUUCUCACAGAUUAAUGGGAUUCAUAAGUUCCAGGAGAACCUUUCCUCUUUCAAGUACGACGAGAAGAUCAACAUCCUGCUGCUGCCACUGCACACGGGCUCCAACGGGCUGAACAUCAUCGAGGCUACGCACGUCCUGCUGGUGGAGCCCAUCCUGAACCCCGCCCAUGAGCUGCAGGCCAUCGGCAGGGUGCAUCGGAUCGGCCAGACCAAGCCGACUUUUGUCCACCGGUUCCUGAUUAAAUCCACCAUAGAAGAAAGGAUGCAGACCAUGUUGAAAACAGCAGAAAAAAGUCACAGCACCUCCGCCGCCAUGAAGCACUCGGAGGCAUCGGUGCUGACGGUGGCGGACCUGGCGGACCUGUUCACUGAGGACCAUGAAGCCAUGGAGUGACAGGUCGGGCCAGCAGGCCCCAGGCACAGGCGGGGACAUUACGGUGGCCACGGAGGACCAAUCGGCACACAGUGUGGUUUGUCCCCAUUUAUAAAUGUGCACUUUGAGAUGUGGGUGGUCAUACUACACUGUUCUUCAUAUUCAGGGUUUCAAAUUGUUUUUCUAGGCUAGCACUUAAAUGUCCUGUACAUAGGAAGAUGCGUUUAGAAAAUACCAGUACCUAUCUCGUGACAUGUUAAUAUUCAGCAGUAAGUCACUUUUCAGGGAAGAACCUCAUUUCUGAAGAAGUGUAUUUAAAAAAGACUCACUUUUCAGUCACAUUCCAAUCUUGCUUUUGCUUUUCAGCCCUGUCUAGUUAUAGUCUAAUUAUAUAUUUUCAGUCAUAUUGGUAGCAGAAUUCAGUUUUUAGCCUUAAUUGAAGGUAUGGGAGCCAGCUUAAUUUACCAUUGAUGAUAUCCCUGCAUAAUGUUUCAGAAAAGCAUUAGCAGAAUCUGCAGAGGGUCAUCCUUUAAGUAAGAGCUGGUUUACUUUGAAAGAUUCAAAAUAUCUAAAUUAGUUUUUUUCAGGGCAUUUUUUGUCAGUAUUACUAUUUUCUAAUUGGCUGCUGUGUUUUAUUUUUAAUUGGGUACGUUUUUUAAAUAAAAAAAAAAAUUUAAAAAUCCAUAAUUAUAAGGCCCCUUCUUUUUAAUGGAAAAGCACUACAUUUUUCCAAGACUUGUUCUCAAGAGAAAUGUUGAUUUUUUUGCUCCCUGUUGAAAUUUCUCCAGUGCGAAUGUUGUAAAGGGGCCAUUUUCUGGCUGUAAAAGUUCCAUUUCGCCUUUAUCAUGCGACAGAGACGCUGGGCUUCUGGGAUGUGCGCUUGUUUUCCAUCUGGCGAGGUCCUUUAAACGUGCCGUCUGGCCGCGAGCCAGAGGCAGGCUAUCGAGUCAGACUUUACAGCUCGUUUUAUUCGCAAAACAAAAACAGGCAGAGCCAGUCAGUGCCCAUAAACCGCAUCGCACAUCCCAUAAGAGGGCACUUUAAAACAGCACAAAAAAACGCAGGGGGGCCCAAACU